UUACGAACAACAGCAGCAGCUGUAGCAGAAUACUGUCGGAUGUUUUAGUGCGGCCUCGGCAUAUCCUAGGUCUGCUUGCCGAUAUCAAAUGCCACAGCAGCGGGGCGAAACUUUGGCUCUUCAGCCUGCAUUAGCCCAAUAGAAGGUUAUCUAACCCAAAACAUGUCUGAGAUUCUGGUUGUUGUAAAAGAGAGCUUGGUCAAAAUGACAGAAAGAAAACCAUGUCAACUCAGCCUCUCAUCAGAUCAAAGCAGACCGAGAAAUCAAUCAAUGGAAUAUCCACACAGGUUGUUUGCACAGAAUUCAGUAACUACAUAUUUAUAGUUCUCACACAGUAUGGAAAAAUUGGCACUUUAGUAUCAGUCACACCUGACUCCAGAUCCGGUGAUAUCAGCACUUCCAUGUUCACCACUAAAGUAUUGCUGGGAAAAGAAGAGGCUUUGACACACGUCUGUGCCAAAAACUUGGCAACAUUUGUGUCACAAGAGGCAGGCAACAGGCCUGUUCUACUGGGGUUGGCACUGAAGGACAGUUCCAUAGAAGCAAUAAAGGCCAUGAAAGAUGUAAUAAAAAGUUGUCAAGUCUGGUAACUACUGGUACAGGGAACAAGCAACAGAAUAGCCUACCUGGAAAGACAAUUUAAGAAAAGAAAAAUACACUUAACACAUUUUUUUCCUCAAUGUUUUUCCAUCCUUUAAUUAUGCAUUUUGUUGUCUGUUGUUACUUCUAAGCAUGAUGUGGUAAUAAAUGCCAUAUAAAUUGGAAGUUUAUGCGUUAUAAAUGCCUAUAGAAUUUGCGGGAUUGAGUGGGAGCCAAUGGUCACAAACUGAUUCUGUUUGAGAUAACCAUCUCGAUUUUAAAGCCACACUCUGAAUACUGUUAGUGCACAACUAACACAAAUAUAAAUAAAGGAGCAAAUGCAUCUCAUUCCCGUGAAAUUCACAUACAAAAUAGCAUUUGAUUGAUUGCUAUGAUAUAAAAGUUUGGGGUCACUUAGAAAUGUCCUUGUUUUAAGAAAAUAAUAAUGUGUCCAUUAAAAUAACAUAACAUUGAUCAGAAAUACGGUAUAGACAUUGUUAAUGUUGUAAAUUACUAUUGUAGCAGGAAACGUCAGAUUCUUUUAUGGUGUACAGAGGCCCAUUAUCAGCAACCAUCACUCCUGUGUUCCAAUGGCACGUUGUGUUAGCUAAUCCAAGUUUAUCAUUUUAAUAGGCUAAUUGAUCAUUAGAAAACCUUUUUGCAACUAUGUUAGUACAGCUGAAAACUGUUGUGCUUAUCAAACACGCAAUAAAACUCACCUUUAGAGCAAGAGGACAAGUACAUUAGAGUGUCUAGUUUGAGAAACAGACACCUCACAAGUCUUCAACUGGCAAGCUUCAUUAAAUAGUACCCGCAAACACCAGUCCCGUUUCGGGAAGGCUACCCGAAACCUUUGACCCAAGUUAAACCAUUUACAUUUUUUAUUUUAUUUUUAUUUCACCUUUAUUUAACCAGGUAGGCUAGUUGAGAAUAAGUUCUCAUUUGCAACUGCGACCUGGCCAAGAUAAAGCAUAGCAGUGUGAACAGACAACACAGAGUUACACAUGGAGUAAACAAUUAACAAGUCAAUAACACAGUAGGAAAAAAAGGGAGUCUAUAUACAUUGUGUGCAAAAGGCAUGAGGAGGUAGGCGAAUAAUUACAAUUUUGCAGAUUAACACUGGAGUGAUAAAUGAUCAGAUGGUCAUGUACAGAUAGAGAUAUUGGUGUGCAAAAGAGAAGAAAAGUAAAUAAAUAAAAACAGUAUGGGGAUGAGGUAGGUAAAAAUGGGUGGGCUAUUUACCGAUAGACUAUGUACAGUGGCAGCGAUCGGUUAGCUGCUCAGAUAGCAGAUGUUUGAAGUUGGUGAGGGAGAUAAAAGUCUCCAACUUCAGCGAUUUUUGCAAUUCGUUCCUGUCACAGGCAGCAGAGAACUGGAACGAAAGGCGGCCAAAUGAGGUGUUGGCUUUAGGGAUGAUCAGUGAGAUACACCUGCUAGAGCGCGUGCUACGGGUGAGUGUUGCCAUCGUGACCAGUGAACUGAGAUAAGGCGGAGCUUUACCUAGCAUGGAUUUGUAGAUGACCUGGAGCCAGUGGGUCUGGCGACGAAUAUGUAGUGAGGGCCAGCCGACUAAAUGCAAUGCUACCAAAUACUAAUUGAGUGUAUGUGAACUUCUGACCCACUGGGAAUGUGAUAAAUGAAAUAAAAUCUGAAAUUAA